GUUAUUAUAAUUUUAAAUGACUGACUUUGCAUAGUCAUUCGAAUAACAAGUAGACGUUUUCCUGGACUGAUUAAAAUAAAUACGUCAUUCAGAGUUAAAUGCUGCUAUAAAUUGUGUUGCUUGGGGGAUGCCCGAUCGUUUGCACGUUGGUUCUCGAGGAAAAGAUUAUAUUGCUUACCAGAUACGUUAAAACGAAAUAAAGACGAUGACCUUAAAAGCUUUGAUAGUUCUUGCUGUUCUAACAUACACUAAUAGCCAACUUCAGAUUGGACAGAAUCCACACCCUGGAAACGUAAAGGAAAGAUUAAAGACACCGCCUCUGCCAAUGCCUGGCUUCAAUCUUCAAGCAUGGAGUGGCCGGUGGUUUUUUCAGUACCAUAAAGCUCCGUGUAGCUGGGCUAUAUCCGAGAAGUUCUCAGAUUAUACCCAAUUCACUGAAUUGCAUGGAAACGUAGCUUUAUACCACGAAACUAUGAGGAAUCAUGACUUGUGUAAUUCCGUUACAUCAUCAUUACGCAUUACUGGUCCUGGCGUUUUUAUAGGCAAUGACCCUGUUGGCGACAAUUGGAGUGGAAAAGUAAUCGUGGUAGACACGGACUAUAAAACUUAUUGUAUUACCUGGGGAUGCACAAAAUGGUCAGCUUUUUAUAAUACAUGUGAGGAUCCUUGGAUAUACAUUAAAACAAGACAGAUGAACCCUCAUCGAGGAGUACUGAGGCGUAUAGAAAUGGCCCUUUAUAAGCUAUGGGGUAUCUCUAUUAACCAGCUGACGAGAAUAACUCACGGAAGACCUUGCUCAGCCGCAGGGAAACUGGCCUACUGAGUUAGCGGAAAACAACAGCAAAUGGAGUGACAUGACAGCUUUUGAAUCGACAUACAAUUGAUGAAAAUGUGAAAUGUAUGAUUGCGGUUUGGUUAUGAUCAACGCUUUAACCAUUUUGGUGAAAAGACAUAAAAUAGUUUUGUACCCGUUAUUGGGAGUUUUGUUAUUUAAUCUUAAAGUGCUUUUGGUAAUAACUUCUACAUGUCUUGAGAUAUUUAAACACUUAGUGUCUUGUAUCCUACAUGUAAGUGUUGUGGAAAAAUGUUCAUUUAUUUUAAAUUUCUAUUGUUUACACCUCAUAUUUUUCAUUAGAGUCUUUUUAAACUUUAGCGUAAUCAAACGGAUGGUACUUUCAACGGAUAUUCGGUUUUGUUGUUGAAAGCCUUUAAUUUUGAGCACCUGUGCCGAUUUUGAACAAACGCGCAAUAUAAUGUAGAUGGUGGAUUGUUUCGAGCGAAGUACGACAUGGCAUUUUCUUUUGAGUAUUAAAAUCAUCCCCAAAGGGUAUAUAAAUGCAUAUGCUCUUGCAAAUUCAACUUUAAAUUUUCUAUAAGUCCAAUUUUAUAAAAUCCAAAUGCAACUAUUACUUACAAGUGCUCGUCAAAUUCUAUUUACAACCCCACUUCCACUUUAUAUAUGUUAAGGUACAAUUUUAAUAUUAUAGAAGUGCAUCUACAUGAAGUACGAGUUACGAGUGAAUCAUUUGCUAAAUUUCAAAACUGUGUUCCUACGUCAUUGGAAGAGAUCAUCCAAUCAGAUUAUUCGUUACAUACUCUGUAGUCUAGACAAAAUAUAAUGUAACUAAAACCUUGCUUGUGUUUUUGAUAAAAUGUAGAAACAUUUAGCAUAUUAUCGGAACAGGCAUAUAAAUAUUAAAAAUCAGUUUUGAGAGUAUUAUAUUAUAUAUACAUUUUUUAACUGCUGCGAGGAAGGCGCAUUCAUUCAAAAUGGCUUAACUUGCAUCGAAUUUGCAUUUAAUUACAGACUCUUUUUAAUUUUUAUAGAUUAUUAUCCCUUUUCCAAAAAUAUAUGUUUUCUACUUCUAUGUAGUUUUCGUUAUUUUCAUUUUUGCUUAUUAAUUUCUUAACUGCGUUUAUUUAUCAAAAUUAAUAUUCGUUAUUUAUCGCACUUUUGCUUUUAUUAAUAAACAUAAUUUGUAUAUACAUGCAUUUAUGAAAUUCUUGUAACUUAGUUCGCUUUUUCCAUGCACGUCUUCUAAAUUUGUGUUGCUAUGUGCAGAAAGCAAUA